GGGAGACUUUAACACCUCCAGUCAGGAUGAGUUCCCUGACCUCUGACCCUAACCAGACAGACAUCAACACCAUCAUCCGACCCCCUUACUUCUUCAUCAGUGGUUUCAUAGACAUCCCCUACAUGAAGUACUACUACUUCUUCCUCUGCUUUGUUUACAUCAAUUCUCUGGUGGCCAACACCUUCGUCAUGACUGGUAUCUACGUGGACCGCAGUCUCCACAGCCCCAAGUACAUUGCUGUGUUCAACCUGGCCUUCACAGACGUGUGUGAAAGCACGGCCCUGGUUCCCAAGCUGCUGGACAUGUUCCUGUUCAGCAGACAGCUCAUCUCCUACGACCAGUGUCUCACUAGCCUCUUCUUCGUCUUCCUCUUCAUCACCAUGCAGUCCUUCAACCUCACCAUCCUCUCCUAUGACAGACUGGUGGCCAUCUGCUGCCCGCUCAGGUACCACAUGAUGGUCACUCACAAGUCCAUGCUCCAGCUGACGGGCGCCGCCUGGACGUUUGCUGUGUUGAUGCUGUUGAUCUCUGUGUGUCUCAUCACCCGGCUCUCUUUCUGUAGGUCUCUGGUGAUCAACAGCUACUUCUGUGACCACGGUCCCCUGUUCCGUCUGGCGGCCCCCUGUUCUGAUGUGGUCCCUAACAUAGUGAUGAGCAAAAUCAACACCUGUAUAGUUCUCUAUCUCCCAAUGAUCUUCAUCAUAUCAUCCUACAUCUGUAUAACACACGCCCUGUUUACCAUCACACUGCCCCAGGACAGACUCAGAGCCAUAAAGACAUGUACCUCACACCUAAUACUGGUGUCCAUAUUCUACCUGCCUGUUAUUUUAACAUACGUCCUCCACCCCAUCAUACCAACCAACGCCCGGAUCAUCAACCUCUCCCUGACCUCGGUACUGCCACCAAUGCUCAACCCCAUCAUAUACGUUCUGAAGACGGAGGAGUUUAAGGUAUCGGUUAAGAAGCUGCUCAGAAGAGGGGCCCAAAGUGCUGUGACGCAGGUCAAACCAACAUGAAGUACCUGGAUUAUUUCUCUUAAAAUUAAUAUAUUUACAGUGCCUUCAGAAAAUAUUCAUACCUAAACAGCCAUUUUCAAGUCUUGCCAUAGAUUUUCAAGCCGAUUUAAGUCAAAACUGUAACUAAGCCAUUCAGGAACAUUCAAUGUCAUCUUGGUAAGCAACGCCAGUGUAUAUUUGAUCUUAUGCUUUAGGGUUUUGUCCUAUUGAAAGGUGAAUUUGUCUCCCAGUGUCUUUUGGAAAUCAGACUGAAUCAGGAUUUCCUUUAGGAUUUAGCUUGUGCUUUACUUUCUUUUUAUCCUAAAAAAAUUCUCUAGUCCUUGCCGAUGACAAGUUUUUAUUUUUUCAGUUUUACUUUAGUGCCUUAUUGCAAACAGGAUGCUGUCUUGGAAUAUCUUUAGUCUGCACAGGUUUCCUUCUUUUCACGCUGUCAUUUAGGUUAGUUA